UUUAAUAUUUCUUUAAUAUCAAAAAAUAUAUAAUAUAUAUUUUAAAUAUAUUCUCUAUUUUUUUGAAAUUUUCGAAAUUUUUAUAUAUAAAAUUUCGAAUUUUUUUUAAAGUUUCGAAAUUUAAUAUAUUAUUUUUUUAUAUCAAAAUAUAUAUAUAUUAAAAUGUCGAGAGAGUCCGGUAGAAGAUCCGUGGAUAUGGGCGCCGUGAACCGAAGUUCGAGUAGAGGCAAAGCAAAAGUCACCUCCGACGGUUCGACCUCACGCGUUUCUCGAGGAAGACACUCUGUCUCUUCCUUUCCUACUAUCCCCGAUCACUUAAUCUGGGACGCUAUGACGGAUGAAGAAUUCGACCAGAUUUAUUCUGGUAGAGGGGACGCAAAUCUCCCCACUCUUGAUAGUGUAUUCGAAGAUAUUGAUGAAGCAAAUCUGGAUAAUCUGGAUGGGGACGAGGAGCCUACACCGCAGAGCAACGACGUCGACGUGGAGGCAG